UUUCUCUUCUGCAAGUAGUUAUCCGUGUGGCGUAAGCCGUCUCACCAAAUCGGAGUGAAAUAAUGUACGCCCUAUCGGCGGCGGCGGCGGCGGUGAUUGGGCGGAGCCGUCGUUUACCGGAUUCCUUCUCCUCUGUCUCCUACGGGCGCCGCUGGAAUUCCAUCAAUAAUUCGGUGUUUACAUUGUCAAGGUUGAAGCCGAUGGCUUCGAUUUCCACUGUGGCUGAAGAAAAGCGGAAACCCUGGCUCCUCGUCGGCCUCGGGAACCCUGGGAAACGCUACGCGAGCACUCGCCACAAUGUAGGGUUUGAGUUGCUAGAUUUCAUAGCGGACGCGGAAGGGAUAGCUAUGAGUAGCGUCUCCUUCAAAUCUUCGUUUGGAAAAGGUUUCAUCAAUGAUAUCCCUGUUAUGCUGGCUAAACCACAGACAUAUAUGAAUGCUAGUGGUGAGUCUGUUGGUGCUAUCGUUUCAUAUUACAAAAUUCCAUUGGAGCAAGUUCUGGUGAUGUUUGAUGACAUGGAUUUGCCUUUUGCCAAGUUGCGACUUUUACCUAAAGGUGGACAUGGCGGACAUAAUGGGAUGAAGAGCAUCAUAAACCACUUGAAAGGCAGUCGGGAUUUUCCUCGCUUAAGGAUAGGCAUUGGAAGGCCUCCGGGGAAAAUGGAUCCUGCAAGCUUUGUGCUACGCACUUUUACCAGAGACGAGCGCGACGAGUUGGACUUCAUGUUUCAAAAUGGAUUGGAAGCUGUUCGAAUUCUUGUGCAAGAUGGCUUCAACAAAAGCGCAACUUUCGUAAACAGCGCGAAGUCCCUCCCGGUAUUGUAACCAGUAAGAACUAUUCAAAUUUUUUCUAUUUGAAUUUCAACAUGAUCUAUGAAGAAAUUAGAAUUAAUACCAAUACUUGUGUCUAAAAAAGAAAAUCAUAAUCUUGUCUCUAUUGUUGUCGGCAUCGAGUUUUGAUAGUUUAAUGUUUUGCCACUCGA